UUCAUUCUUUCCUGUCUCUCUCAGCUGACAUAAUUAAGAUGAAGCUGCUUCCAGCAUUGCUCCUACUGACCCUCUUUCUCGCCACAAUGGCAAUGGCAGAUUCAAGCUACUGCGAGUCGAAAUGCGGGGAUCGAUGCGCCAAGGCGGGCGUCAAAGACCGCUGCUUGAAAUACUGCGGCAUCUGCUGCGCCGACUGCAAAUGUGUGCCUUCUGGAACCUUCGGGAACAAGCAUGAGUGCCCUUGCUAUAGAGACAAGACCAACUCCAAAGGCAAACCUAAAUGCCCUUGAAUUCUACUAAUUACCUACAAUAUUAUAUAUAUUUGUGUUGUUGCAAAUCCUAUAAUAUAGAUGGCCUUGAUCUGAUGUACGCUCCUACUGCGAUUAAUAUCUAUGAGUUUCUUAUAUUGUUACUAA